AUGAUAUCAAAAUAAAUUUGCAUCCCUUUUUUUUGCAAAAAUAUUAAUAGAUUAGCAGAGAGAUUUGAAUUAAUUUUUAUAUAUUAAUAGAAAACUAUUCGAGAAAACUUAAAAAUUACACAACCUUUUAAAAAUCAAAGUUUAAUGUUAAUUUUUGGGGGUGGCAUGAUAGUAAAACAAUCUAUGAUUUCAACAAUCUUAUCAGGUACAAAAUAUUCUUAUUUUCCUGGUAAAAUGAUAUUAGUUGAAUAUGAAUUUGGAGAGAUAUCUGUAGAUGAAGAUCAAGAAGAUUUGGCAAGAAUGACUUUUGAACCAUACAAUUUAUGUAAUUGUAAAAUUAAUAACAAAUUAAGAAUAGAAGAUAAUGCUAUGAAAUAUUUAGAUAAUUUAGUUUUUACUUCUGAAAAUAUAAAUUGCAAUUCUUUUGAAUUAUCAGGAUGGCUAAAAAUAACAGAUAUUAUUAAUUAAAGUUAAGAUGAAUUUAUUUAUCCUUUCCUUAUUCUUUCAUCGAAUUUCUAAAAUUCAUUAUCAAAAAGAACCUUAUCUCCAUUCACUUUGACUUAUAAAAUUUCUGGAAUAAUAAAUUAAAUAAUUAUUACAACUUAUAGUUACACAUUUCCAUCAGUAAUUUCUGAUGAUUAAUUAUUAAUAGAAAAAGAGUUUGAUAUUUAGAAUAGUAUAACUCUUUGGUAAUAGUUAAAAAUAAAGCUAGUUGAUGAUUAAUUGAUAAUUAAUAUUAGAUUUUAUGAAAACUAUGAUGUUUAUGAAUAUAGUACUUAUGAGCAGGUAAAGUAAUUUAAGUGUACUUAAUAUAAACUUCAAUAUGGUAAUAUAAAUUAAUCUAAAACAAAUUAUUUAAAUAUUUUAUUUAGGAAUAUAUUAUUUAAUAAUUGUGAAACAGAUGAUACUUAAUAAAGUUGUCAUCAUAGUUGUUUAGAAUGUGAUGGACCAUCUUAGAAUAAUUGUUUAUCUUGUAGUGAUUUAAGAAUCUAUUUGCCUGAAUUCAAAGCAUGUGUAUGUCCAUUUAAUACUAUUGAUAAAGAAAAUUGUGUUACUUAUUAAGAUUCUAAUUUAUAAUUAUCAAAUUUAAAGAAGGUUAUGCCUAAAUGUAAAUAUGGUUAUUUUGAAUAUGAAAAUGAUUGUAUACGUUGGUAAUAAAAUAUAAUAAAUAUAUAUUAGCCCUUCAAUAAUUAAUGAUUAAUUAGCAACUUGUUAAGAAUGUUUAUAAAAUCCAUAGGGUUGGAGUAAAGAUCCUUAUUGUCAAAAUGAUUUAUUCUUAAAUUAAAAAGGUGAUGUUAAAACUGAUUAAUUCAAAAGUGAUUAUAUAUAUUUUCUUUUUGAUGGGAUUGAUUUAAUUGAAUGUUUAAAAUGCAAUAGUUCAUAUUCUUUUAUUGUUGAUGAUUAUGAUAUUGAGACUGAAAUAACUUUAAAAUAACAAACUUUUUUACUUAUAGACCUUGAUGGUUGUUUAGAAUCUUAAAAAAAUAUUCAUAGCUAUUAUUGUAUUUAAUGUUAUUAAAAUUAUUAAUUGAUUGAUGGUAAUUGUAUAUUAAUAAACGUAUAUUCUAUUGAAUAAUUUGCUUGUUUGGUUUCAGAGUAUUUAAAUUCCUAAAGAUAAUGUAAAUUAUGUCCUAUUCUUAAUUGUAAAUACUGCUUUGAAUAUUAAUCUAAUGAUUUAUCUAAAUGCACUCUUUACAAUAAUUUUGAUGAUUUUGAUAUAGACUAAGAAAUUAAAAUUGGGUGUGCAUUAUGUGAAGAUAAUUUUAUUUUUGACUUUGAUAUUGGAGUUUGUUAAUUUUAUACUCCAAAAAUAUAAAAUUGUUUGAAAUCUUAUAUUUAUAAUGGUUAAGAAGUUUGUACAUUAUCAUAAAUUCAUGAUUUUUCAUUGGCUCCUGAAAUAAUUAAUUGCUAAAAUCUUUAACCUAAUUGUUUACAAUGUAUUUAAUCUCCAGAAUUCACAAUUAAGUGUAUUGUCUGUCAGAUUGGAUAUAUUACAUCUAUUUCAACUGGAGGAUGUUAUUUGGCUGAUGAAUAUAAAUAAUAAGGAGCUAAAAUAAUAAUUGAAGGAGUUUACCCAAAAAUGGAUGGAUGGGUGUUAAGAAUUUAGAGUUUCAUGAUGAAAUUUCUACCAAAUCAAUAUUUUUACUUUUAAUCUAAAUUUGAUUAAGUACUCUCAUAAAUGGUAGUUGAAUGUUUAGAAGGUUAUCGACUUUCUCCUUAUUUUGGUUGUUUUAAGAAUUGUGAUCCUUUAUGUUUAGAUUGUAAAUAUGAUAAAAUUCAAGGUUAUUAUUGUAAUACUUGUCCUUUAAAUUAAUAUUACUAACCUAUUAGAAAUUAAAUUGAUGGAAAAUGUUUUGAAUGUACCCAACUUUGUUAAGCUUGUUAAGUCAGAACAAAUAAUGAAAUAAUUGUAAUUAUUACAUAUAUAUUUAUUUUAGAGUAAUCAACCAAAUUUUAUAAUUGAUGAUAACAAUUAAAUUUUUACUAAAAAGUGUCUAAAAACCGUAAAUCAUCCUUAGAUUUAUUUGGAUCCAUAUGAUUAAAUUGCUAAAUAUUGUUUUGAUGAAAAUUGUUCAUCAAUCUUCUAGUUUCAAAAAAUAAUUGAUGAAUGCUAUUUCUUUCAUAUAAUGUGGGAAGAAGAAUUGAAUAUAGAAUAUUUAAAUAAAUUGGGUAUAGAUAGUUUGAUUGUUAGAUUUACUUUUACUAGUACUUGGUAUGUAUGUUAAUAUGCUAAUUUUUUUAUUGAUAGUAAACUUAAAACUAAAAUUUUUUAAUUCAAAUACCUUCAUAUCAUUUUGGAUGCAAGAAAGGAUUUGAUAUUGCAAAUGCCUAGCAUAAUGAAAAUCAAUAAUGUUGAUAAACUAGAGAUUAACUAAAUAAUUUUUUAUAAAGUAACUAACUCAAUUUUUAACAUCGAAAACAACAAUUAAAAUACUGAAUUAAGUUUGUAAAAUGUUACUUUUUUAGAAACUGAAAUAAAAAACAUUUAAUCAAUUUUUUAAAGUAAAAGAUUUGUUAAUGUUCAUUUAAUUAAUAUAUAAUUAUUAAACUUACAAUUUGAUAAUUCUUCAAUUUUAAAUUUAAAAGAUUGUUUACUUUCAGGAAUAACAAUUUUUGAAAACUUUGUGAUAAGAAAUAGUACAUUUUUACAUUCAAAUGUCUUUUAAUUUAUAAAUAAUCAAGUUAUUUUAUCUGUAAAAAAUCUUAUUAUAGAAGACUGUGUAAUUACAAAUUCAAAUUUUUUUUUAUUCGAUUCAAAUAUUUAACAAUUAAGUAAGAUAGAAUUUCUUAAUAUCGUAAUUAAAAAUAGUAAAUUCAUAAACUCAAGCCUUUUUAACUGCUAAAAUUAUGUUUCACUUUCUCUUGUUAAUUUAUAAUUUCAAAACAAUUCAGUACUUUAUUCAAAUAUUUUUUUUUCAUCAAAUUAUAUACUGUCUCUAAAAUAUUUUUAAGUCAAACAAAACUAAUUCUAAGAAUCCUAAUUUAUUUGUGUUAUUGAGAAAAAUGAGAAUUUAUAAAGUUUUUAAGUUAUUGAUUAGUUUGAAGCUAAUAACAAUUAAUUGUAUAACUCUAAAUUUUUGAGAAUAUAAACAAAUAUAGAAUCUAGCCAAGUUGAUUUAGUUAUAACAAAUUUAAUCUUUGAUGAAAUAGUAAACGUCAAUAAUUCAGAUAAUAAUUAAUAUCUAUUUAAAAUUAGAUGUUUUAAAUUACAAAUUUAAGAUUUGAUUUUUCGAAACCUAAAAAAUAUUCUUAUAUUUAACAUAUUUGAAGGUAAGGAUAUUAUGAUAUCAAAUAUACUUUAUGAAAAUCCUUUUUAAAUAUAUUAAUUGCCAUUUUUAUAAAAUUGCCAAAUUAUAAAUAAUGAUAAAAAUUAACUCUUGAAAAUAGACAAUUUUCAUAAUUUAAUCAUUAAUUCAAUUUAAAUAAUAAAUUAAUUUACAAUAGAUGAAUCCUUUGUUGAUUUUUCACAAGCAAAAGAGUUUUCUAAUUCUUCAAAAUUAGAAUUAAGUGAUUUGAAUUUUAUUGGAAAUUUGUAAUUGUUUAAAAAAUCUCAAAAAUCAUUUUCACUUUUAACUAUAAAUUCAGAAUAGAGUAUUAAAGUUGUAGUAAAUAGAAUAACAUUUUUGGAAAAUAGUUUUCACUCAUAAGCUGAAAGUAUUUGGCAAUCCUAUGCUUCUUUAAUUUUUUUAAAUAUAAAAUCUAGUUAAGUUUAAAUUAUUAAUUUAUUAUCUGAAAGAAAUGCAUUUACAAAUUCAUCCAAUUCUUUUAUUUUUAUCAAUUCAAAAACAAUAUUUAUGUAAAAUUUAUAAAUAUCUAAUCAUAAUAUUUUAAGUUAGAAAUUAUGGGAAAAAUAUUAUAAUGUCAAAUUAGAUUAAAUCUUUAAUUAAUAAUAAAUUAAUUUAUUUGCUCUUUAAGCUUUAAAUAUAAAAAAUAUAGGAGGAGUUGCUUAGAUAACAGCUACUAUGUUUACAUGUUUAAAUUGCCAAUUUUAUAAUAUUUUAUCAUCAAAGAGUGCAAUUUUUGAAAUAAAAACUGAAGAUUUUGGAAUAAUAAAUUUAACAUUAAUCAAGGCAAAUAAUAUAAUAAAUGACUUAAAAUAAGUAUAUAAUAGUUCAGGUUGUAUAAGCAUAUAUACAAUUAACAGUCUUUUGGAUAUAACAAUUUAAUAAUCUGAGUUUAAGAAUGUGUUUAAUAGAAUGUCUUCAUCUAUUUUAUCAAUAUAACCAUCUUCGAUUAAAAAUAAAAUUAGUUUAAUGGAUAUUCAGAUUUAUGAUUGUUUAUCAUUAAUGAAUCAAAUACUUUUGGUAGAAUUCUCAAAUAAAAUAAUUGAUUAAAAUUAAAUAAAAAUACAAAAUAUUAUGAUCACUUAAAAUUUGGAUUCUUGGAUCUUACUAUUUUCAUAAAUGGGAAAUUUAAGUUUGAGAGAAUUAUUAGAUAUUUCAAGCAGUUAAAAUUCAUUAUUUUAUAUUGAAGGUUGUUCAAUGUAGAUGAUUAAUGUUAGUUUUGUAGGUGUUUAUUUAUCACCAAUUUUAAGUAUAGUAAAUGCACCAAUAGUAAAAUUAAAAAAUCUGCAUAUCAAAUAGCUAUAAAGAUUUUAUUCUUUCAAUUUUAUUAAUAUAAAUUAGAUGAUAGAUAUUGAAUCAAAAGUAUUAAUAAAUAAAGUAAGUAUUUUAAAUAGUUUAACUUAUUAAGCAGGACUUCAAAAGAUUAUUAUAGAGGACUUCAAUUUUUUACUUGAUGGAUGUGUUGUAAUAGUCAAUUAAUCUAAUGUAACAUUUGGAAAUUAAAAUUUUUAUUUUUUGAAUGAUAUACUUUAAGAAAUGGAAAAAAAUAAAUAAACACCACUUUCAUUAAUUUAUAUUAAAAGCCUUUAAAAUAAGCAUUCUUUUUAUUUUAAUCAAUUAUAAAUCGUGGAAAAUAAUUGUAUAAAUUAUAUCAAUGGGUUAAUUUAUUUUGAUUUACUAACUUUUAAUUAUAUCAAAAUAUAAGAAUUAAAUUGCUAUUACAAUGUUAUUUAAUAGUAUGGUUGCUUAAAAAUUGUGGAUGAAAAUGUAAAAUCUUAGCCGAUAUAAGUAAUAAGUUCCAAUUUCAUUUAAAAUACUGGUAGUUAAGGAGUUGCUAUUUCAUCAAAUAGUCCAAUACUAAUUUAAAAUUGUAAAAUAAUUUCAAACACUGCUAGCUAAAAAGGAGGAGGCAUUUAUUUUAAACUCAAAAGUGACUAAUUUAACUUCAAAAAUUCUAUUAUUAUUGGAAAUAAAGCAAAAGAAGGUGGAGGAAUAUAUUUUAGUGGUGACAGCAAUUUAAAUCAACAUAAUUUUAUUUAAACUUAUCUGCUCUAUAAUUAUGCUUAUGAUUAUGCUAAUAAUUUAGUUGAAAGUCCAACACAUUUAGCAUUAUUUAUAAAUUCUCUAGAAAUGUAAGGAAAACAAUAAAAAUUUCAUAAUAUUUAAACGAAUAUUUUAAGAAUUUUUCCUUACAUGACUAUAGAACAAGAAAUUAAAAUUAAAACUUCAUAUUUAAUGAUUCCUAGUGGAUCAACAAUCUAAGGAUACUCUCUUGUUAUUCCAAAAUAUUCAUAAAGUAUUAGAUAAAUUUAAUAAAUUGAAUUACUCUAUAACAAUAAUUUAAAUGAAUUACAGAAAAAUUUAGUUAAUUCAUCCUGUAUUAUAACUGAAAAUAUAGUAAAGAAGAAUGAAUAAAUUGAUGUAAAUCAAUAACAUGUUUAAUUAAAUUUUAAUGCUGAAAAAAAUCAUUUUGAUUUAAGUUCAAUUUCUUUUACACUUGACCCUUAUAUAUAGGAUUAUAAAUAUUUAGAAAUUGAUAUUACUUGUUCUACUUUAGAAUAUAAGAAUUCUUUAAAAUAUAUUAUCUAAGCAAAAAGUUAUAAAUGUUAACUUGGAGAAUUUUAUGUUGCUAAUGGAUGCUAACUAUGUGAAUCAAAUAAAGGUUUUUAUUCUGUAACAUAUGAUUCAAAUAAAUGUUCUAUAUUUGAUAAAGAAAAAUUUGAAGAGAUAUCCUCAAAUCAAAUUAAGUUAUUGGAAGGAUUUUGGAGACCAAAUUAUUUAUCAGAUUAAUCUACUUAAUGCUUUAAAAUAACAAAAUUUUGUUUAGGAGGAUGGAAUGUUGGAGAUGCACUUUGUAGUGAAGGACAUGUUGGUGCCUUGUGUGAAGAAUGUGAUAUUUACAAUGUUCAAGGAAAUGGAAAAUUCAUUAAAAAUUAAUAAAAUUCUGAAUGCUUUGUCUGUUUUAGUACCCAAGAUAGCAUAAUCCCUUUCAUUUUCAACACACUUUGGUAAAUUAUUUUAAUAAACUUAGGGCUAUACUUUCGAUAAUUCUUACUUUAAAAAGCAUUGGAAAAUCAAAUAAUCUUUUCUUAUUCUAUAAAAUUUAAGGAAGUUUUAAUUAAAUUCUUUUUAAAUUAAAUUAAGGUAUUCUAUUUUACUAUUUGUAGAUUUUGAAGGUAUUUUAAUAAAAAUGCUUUUAAAUUAUUUAUGGAUAUUUUCAGUAAUAUUUUCAUUGAAUAUUAAUUUUUCCUUUUAAUUCAAUUUUGUUGAUUAAGCCAGCAAUUAAUCUUAUUCAAUGGCUAAUAAUCUAGAUUGUUAUUUAUCUGAAAUAGCUAACGUUAAGUUAAUCUAUUCUAAAAUUAUCUUAAUUUUAAUAUUAAUAUUAUUGCAAUUUGUUAUCAUAAUUUUUGGUUUGAUAAUAUUUUCAAUUUUUAAUAAUUAAAAAUUUAAAUUAGACAACAUUUCCAAUACUUUACUUUGUUUAUAUAUUUUUAAUUAUGCUGGAUUUAUCAAAAUGUAAUUAUAUAAAUUAAAAUUAGGUUAUGUUCUGUUGUUUCAUAUAGAGAAAUAUCAAACAUUUAAUAUAUAUCUGGAGAUCUAACUUUAGAAUUUAAUACAGAUACUCAUCAUAAAUGGAUUAUGAAUUUUGUUCUUCCUGGAUUGAUAAUUUUUGGCUUCUUAAUUCCUUUUUUAUUAUUUUUACUAAUGUACUUUAAAAGAAAUGAUUUAGAUAAUCAUAUAUUCAGACCUCAUAUAUGUUAUCUGUAUAAUGAAUAUGAAAAAUAAAGUUAUUAUUGGGAAUAAAUAAAAUUAAGUAAAAGAGCUAUAAUGAUACUCAUUUUAACAUAUUUUGAGACUAAUAUACAUUUAAAAGCAUCAUUAAUAGGAUUGAGUCUAAUUAUUUAUUAAUUGAUAGCAAUUAAUAAAAAGCCUUAUAUUAUGACAAAAUUGAAUAAAUUUGACUUAUCAACAGGUUAAAUAUGUUCAAUUUCAAUAUUUUUAUCUACGAUUAAAUAUGAAAGUGAAAAGUUAAAUAAUAAAGCGAUAUCUUUAGCUCUUUAAAUCUGUUUAAUGAUACUUUUUGUACUUAUCACAUUCCCAUUUAUUCAUAAUAUACUAAAGAUUUAUUAUAAAAAAUAUAAACUAAUAAUAUUGAAAUAUUUAUUUUUACUUUUUAAAUAUUUUAGAUUAAAAUAAGCAUCAAAGAAAAUUGAAUUUAUUUUGAAUGAAAAAUAUUAAAAAGAAUAAAGGAUUAAAGAUAAUUAUUUAAAACUAAAAUAAUUCCUUCUGAUUAUAUCAAAAGCUUAAUUAAAAUACUUUUAAUUCAAGAAAAAAGUAUCAACAAAAAUAUAUAAGUUCAGUCAUGCAAGGUUAGUCCAUCUUAUUAACUGGAUAAAGAUUGUAGUGAAUUUUAAUAAAUAAAAUCAAAAUUUAACAAUUUCAAUUCUAUUUUAAAAAAGAUUUCAUAAUAACAUAAUUUAUUUUUUUCAUUUAAAAUCAUAAAAGUCCAAUUAAUAUUGUGUAAAAUACUUAUAAUUUAUAGGAUUUAAGCUUCUAUAUUUUCAAUUAAUUGAACACAAAAUAUGA